CCAAACACCUAAUUUAUUAAUAUUUCAAUUUGAACGUAAUUUAUUUUCGAUAUUCUACAAUUUCUAUUCAAUUUUUAUCUACACUAUUUAGCCUCAAUUUGUUGUUUUGAAUCAAUUUCGAUAGUAACUCAAGGUCUAAUAAUAUUUAGUAACAUUUGGAAAGCUUGUAAUAUAAUAAAGAAUAUAUAGUAUAGUAUAAUCAUGUAUUCAUUAAAUCCUCAGAUAAUUAAGAAAAGCAAUACGCAUAGUGAGCGAAUCAAUAUAAAACAAAGUAAUAACCGCGUGUCUCGAACUCGAGACUCUGCGUGCUAGCCGAAACACUAUGCAUGUCUGCUGUUCACUCAUCAGAGUAUGAAAUUCAAAAAACUCAUAUUUAUGUUAUUACCCGCGUUUGGGAUUUGCUUAGAAUGUACUUUCUACCGAUCACAAACAUGAAGCUGGUUCGAGGUUCCUUCGUCCAAAGGACGCGUCGACUUCAGAUGCACAUGCUUCAGAGUGCCACCCGGUAUAAUUCCAUGCGUCUCACGGAGCUCACGAAAAUCAAGCGUAGUAUUACUAUAUAUACUUGACCAAUCAAAUACGUGGACUGGUUUGACGGCCCUCCACACAGGUGGCGCGUCGAUGCCGAAAUAAAACUUAUACUAUGAAAAUCGGCUCCUUGGCAAUCUCCCUCUCAUCUCGGAAACUACGAAGUGAAUAAGAGGAACAUACCGAAUAGAACCGCUCGAUUAGAAGUUCAAAUGUCGACUACCAAACAAAACGUUGCGUCCCUAACCUAUCGGUGAAAUGCGUACACUUGCAUAGGGUAGUAACGUAGAGAAAAGCAUCCGGGAAGGUGGCGAAACACUGUUAGGAUGGAGGAGAUGGAGCAAUUGCGGAAUGUCGAGGAUUUGUGCAGAUUAUGUCUCUCUGUUGAUCAGCCAAAGUCCUCUGUAUUUCGUGGGGAAGACUCUUCUGUUUCGCUUGCUACUAAAAUAGAGGCAUGCCUCUCGAUCGAGAUUUCUCAAGGCGACAAGCUCUCUACCACAAUAUGUACAGAGUGUGUGACGAAGGUCAACCAGUGGCAUGCUUACAAAGAAUCCUGUCUACGGUCCCAGGAUAAACUGCAGGAGUGGUUGGCGAGACAGACUUCUUCAGAACUAUUGGGAAAUGCUGUAAAAGAAGAGCCUGAGAAAUGGAACUAUGACCCUUGGGAAGAUAAUAGCUCGGUUCAAUUCAGUGAACUCAGUGAAACAGAUUCUAACUACUCACGAAUAUCUUGCACCAACGAUCAGGAACAUUCUGAGGAGAAAACGAGUGAAGAUGUCAAUGGAGGGUCAAAGUGUACCGAGUUGUUAAAAGAUAUGGUAAAUGCAGAAGUUUUGGGUAGCUCCUCCAAAGAACCAGUUCAUAAGGAACAGAUUCCGUUAAAAGCGAUUAAGAAAGAACCAUUAUCAAAUCAUGAAAAUGAUACCAAUGUCGAGGUGGCGCCAGUGCCAGGUGGAGAGUUGCUUCUCAAUCCUUUAGCCAUUAAUAAAAAUAAACCAGACAUGGUAAUGGAAGCCGAUUCAACCCAGAAAUCAACGACAGCGGCAGUCACUGUCAAAAGAAAAGUAAGACGCGGUCCGCAUACACAUUACAGAGGACACCGAGUGUUCAAACAGAAAUGUUCUUUCUGUCAGAUCCAUCUACAUUCAAAAUUCACGUACGCGAAACACAUGGCAAAAUUUCAUUCGGACGCAGAUAAUGUUCAAGAAAGUCAGAACGCAGAAGCGGUAGAAAAAAAAGUGAAGGCGUUACCAUCUCAAAAGACAAAAACUAUAACGGACGUAUCAGGAGAAGUUGAAGAGAUGAUCGAGGACGUGGAGGAGGAAAUAGACAUGAUGGAUCAGAACUCUUCCCUUUCGCAAGUUCAGCAAAGCAUAAUCAGCCAAUUGAAGACAUUUUCGUGUUACUCUUGUCAGCUUUCAUUUCCGGACCGUCGCAGUACAUUGUAUCAUAUUCGAGAACACAUGCCUGACCUACGACCUUACACUUGUGUGGCAUGCCUAACUGAAUUUCCCGAUAGGUCCACUUACCAGUCUCAUUGUGGUGCGUCUGUCGAGUGUGCCAUGAAGAUAGCUCUUGUCGUGCCCACAAUGGGCAUCGAGAAGCUUUUCACGUGUAACAUGUGCCUGCGGCCAUUGAACAAUCGCAAAGAACUGCUAAGUCAUUUGUCCAAACAUUCUGACAAGCAGUACGCAAAAUUAACGACGUCAAUGAGCGUUCCUCCAAAACUGAAACCCAUAUCCUUACUGACAACUGAGGAGACGAAUACCGUAUCCGCCGAUCAUAUCUACGCUACCAUGCCGCAUCCUUAUAAAAAUGGCGACCCUGCGUUCAAUCACGAGUGCAACUUCUGUGGGAUGAUAUAUCGAUACAAGCCAAACAUGCUGAAGCACCGUGAUAUAUGUAAAAGACUUCCGCCGGAUGCUCGUACUGUGUAUAAGUGCGUCCAUUGCGGCAUGACCUUCAGGGUGUUCAAGAAGUUUCACUCUCACACUAAAGUGAAGCACAAGAAGAGGGAAUUCGUUUGCUCAAAAUGCUAUGGGAAAUUUCGAUCGCCUCGUGAUUACCUGUCUCAUCAUGAGAGCCAUACGAAGGUCACGUCAAAGAAUGAGAGGUACGUGGAAACGGAGAACGGAGAAGACGUGAUCCUGGAUAACAAAGAGACCCGCGUGUCGAGGAUCAAUGAUAAAAAGUAUAAUUGUGGAAUGUGCGACAUGGAUUUUGGAAGCAGGUCUGAGCUAACGAAGCACAAGAAUGUGCAUCUGAAAGUGAAGAUCUACUCGUGCGUCAUCUGCAGGAGUAUGUUCAGUAGUGCAGGUGCUCUGGAGAUACAUAUGAAGGAGCAUGGGAUUGAGGAUCCCAGAGAGAGGAAAGCAAACAGUUCCUGCGUGGAGUACAGAACUCCUGGGAACGGUGAACACGGUGCAGGCCACAGUACAAAUUCCAGUGGCAUCAGGUUCAACUGUGACAGUUGCAUCAAGAGUUUCUCCAACCUGGCGAACCUGCGACGGCAUAUCAGGAACGCGCACACGCCGAACGAGGUCUUCAAGUGUCCUGAUUGUUUGAAGGUCUUCAGCGAUAAAACCAUUUACGAGCAGCAUGCCAAGGCUGAGCACAAGUCUUCAAGGCCGUCUUAUCAGUGCAUCAGGUGCACCAAGAUCUUCGCCCUGCAUGCGAACCUCGCGCUGCACGUCCUGAACGUUCACGAGAACAAACUGGGUACGAGGUUACAGUGCGACAUUUGUGGUAAGAAAUUUAUCGAGGAGACAUCCUUGCGGAUUCAUAAAGGCUGGCACGCAAGGGCCAAUUGUCGUUUGAACGCUGACAAGUUUCCAGAUGACGCUAAGAGGGUGAAGAUCGAAGCCAUCCCCGUGGACUCCUUGAAGCCGGCCAAAGCCAGAAAGUCCUUGCCAAGUGUGCCAACUACUAGGCAGGUGCAUCAAUUUCAGUGUUACGUUUGUCAUGAAAAUUUCAGGGAGAUUAAUCGCCUCAAGGUGCAUCUUCAGGAUGUUCACCACGCGGACAGCAAAGACGAGAAGAGUCACGUGAACAAGGAGCUGCAUUGUCAACUCUGCACCAGUGUGUUCCCGGACAACGACAGCUUGCAAAAGCACAUGAAGUGGCACAAGGAGAAUCCAAUUUCGAGUGCGCAGAAACGCAAGAAUUUUCAGUGUGACGUUUGCGGCAAGUAUUACACCCUGAAGAAGAGUCUGGCGCGACACAAGAAGCUUCACAAGGCGACGGCAGUGGUAUCCUUGAAGCUUCAGUCUCUAGCAAGGAAGCAAAUGGCUGCCAUGUACCAGUGCCCAGUAUGUCGCAAGGUCUUCGAUACCUACAUGGGUCUACAGAGGCAUAAGGUCUGUCACGGGUCCGAGUCGAGUACACAGAAAUCGUCCCAGUCAGCCCGUGCCAAGAGGACGUCGGUCAAUAUGGAGCACGAAGAUCUGAGGAAUCCAAAAAUCGAAUUGGACGAUUCACCGGAAAUCGAUUCACUCGACAACAGUGGCGCCAGGAAACCCGUCACGUGCAUACUCUGCAAAAAGGUCUUCCCCGGCAUGAGCACGCUCCUCAAGCACAAGCAGACCGCUCACAACAUCCGCUACAAUAGACAGUCGAAGCAACCUAAAGUCGAGUUCAUACCGAUCCUCCAGCGAAGCGGUCGCGUCGGCUGUAACCUUUGUCCCAAGGAAUUUCCAACGUUGCCAAGACUGAAGCAACACUUCACCCUGAUUCACAAGUCUGAGCACAGUGGUUGCACGGCUCACUGCUGCGACCCUUCAAACGCUACUGUGUCCAAAACGAAGAAGAAGGUGCAUGGCGGCCUCGUUGUCUUCUGUAAACUGUGCGAGAAGCAUUUUGAUAACAAACCUGACGUGGUGGAUCAUCUGAUUGGGAAGCACAGGUGCGGCGGCGACUUCGAUAAGCAGGAUAAAUUCUUUUCCCUGCUGAACUUGGACACUUACGUGGUGAACGGCGCAAACGGUACUAUCUGUCCUACUUGCAAUAUCAAAUAUCCAAAUUUGAGAUCCCUCAAAAUUCAUUAUUUCAAAUUUCAUGACUGCAUAUGAACACACGUGGGACUCAUCAACAGACGACUGAAUCUUGUUCUCGCGUGAACCCUUCACUCUUGUGUUCGCGCUUCAUUUACUUAUCCUAUAUUACAUUAUAUAUAUUUGCGCAUAGAAUAUCAGUUUAAAAAAAAAAGAGGCUCUCAUAGAUGUAAAUAUGAAAAGUAUAAGACGAGCCUGUCUAAUUGACCAAUGUUAUAUUUUCUUUUUUUUAUUUCUCUUUUCUUUUAUUUCUGCUUUUUACCUUAUUGCUACAAUUCUAAGACUAUUCACGGAUUAACACUGCAAAGUGUCUGGUACCGAGUACCUGCUAAUUACACUUUGAAUACUCGUAAAUUUGAGUAAUUGAGUUAGAUCAUAGUUUCUACUUUUAAGAUGAUACUAAAGCAUAUAACAGUAAGGUGUACCAUUCUAAGGGUAGUAAUAAAAAAAAAAGGUAAUAUUACACAACA